CUCCUUUCAGCUUCGGUUUAACUCAAUUAAUUCUCUUUAAUGAUUAUGAUUGCCCUUAAAAACGUUCGGAAUCACAACCAGAUAAUUGGCCCAACCAUUCUGAAUUUAAGAACACUAUAUAUAAAUACCGACACCCUCACCACUCUCGAUACCCUCAUACACACUCGCAACACGUUUCGAUAUCCUAACACCUCGCCGGAGACCGAGAAGACGACUGGAGAGAACCACGGCCUUGCAGGGGAUCGGAGACGAAUUCGUUGCCGGAACCAGUUUCAUCACGUUUCGAUGUCGUCAUCUCGUCAAUUUUCCAACUCAUCUAAGAAGUCUAAGACCAGCUCUCAGAAGAAGAUGAUGGCAUUCAUGGCCAAUCAGAUUGCUCGUAUUGUCCCCAAGAUCGUCACUGAAAUUCAAGCUUCAAACACUCCCAACUCCUCUGUUGACUCGAAAGUGGCCAAGCCCAAGCCUGUAACCUUUAACUACAAGCACUUUGCCUCCUGCAACCCUAAACCUUUCACUGGCAAGGAUGGGGUGACCGCUAUGCUUGAAUGGUUCGAUAGCAUAGAGGUUACGUUCAUCAACAGCGAGUGCCCUGAGGAACUCAAAACUCGUAGUGCUACUGGAGUUUUCCAAGCUAGGGCGUUGGAAUGGUGGACCAAUGAGAGAAACAUUCGCUCUAAUGAAGAAGCUUAUACGCUACCUUGGGAGGAAGUGAAACAACUCAUGAUGGAGGAAUUUUGUCCUCCUCACGAACAGCAAAAGCUUGAGGAAGAAUUUUGGGCCCUCAAGCAAAUUGGUGACGACAACCUAGCCUAUACCACCUGUUUUAAGCAGUUGAGUUUCAUAGUACCACACCUUGUGUCAACCACCGAUCGCAUGAUCAGAAAGUAUAUUCAUGGUCUACCUUCUGGCAUGCGUGACACCAUCGAGGCAGCCAAACUUGACAACAUCGAGGCUGUCUAUCGUUUAGCAGCUAGCCUAAACAACAAUCGCGUUCGCGAUAAACAAGUUGCAACAUCCACAAAGAUAGCCAACCAGAUCACCACUAACACUGAAGCUCAAGCAAGUGGCAGUGAAGGCAGGAAACGAAAGUUCCAACACCCAGAGACAGUCAACAAGGUACGCGCAUGCUACAAAUGUGGAGACACUACACACCUCCACCCACAAUGUCCUCUACGACAGCGAACCCAAGACGACAACGAAGUCACUAAUGGUACGCUUUUUCGUUAACAACACUAUUACCUCUAUGCUCAUGUAAGGCUUUGUAUUUGUUAGAUUUGAAUCUAUGUUAAAAUAUACUCACUCGAAACUCCCCGAGUCAUUCCUAGUCAAAAUUUCUGAUGGCAAGACCAUCACAAUUGAUUUUACUUUUUCAUUAUCACUUCCUCGCACUCAACAUCCAUGUUUCGACCAUCACUUACUCUUCAUUCAGUCCUUUCUCUUUAAGAUUUCGAGGACGAAAUCUCCUAAAGGAGGGGAGACUGUAACGCUUCGC